CUGGCAUGGUCAAAUUUCAUGUCCCGAUACGGCACCUCAAUCUUUCGAAGCCGUGCCGGGAGGUGUUUUGGGACCCGAUGCUUCCAUACGAGUACGCCCGCGGGAGCGGUGCUCAGAGCGGACUCACGAAAUUAGUACCACAUGACCGGUGCUAGACGUCGAUGGGCCGCACCCUGGCACCUAUUUGGGUUCAUACCUGCCCAUCGCCAAGACGAUGAACCUACUCGUGUGGCGCGGUGGCUUGUCAGACGUAUAGACACAUUGCUCCUCCACCUUGGUCUUCUUGCACUGUUAUGCAGGAACCGUGAAGACUCUCGGCCCCUUUGGCAAAAUAUGCCUGAUGCCUGGGACCAGAAGCCCAAAAAUUACCAUGCGUCGCCCGAUGGACUCCAGCCCCGUCCAUAGCACUAUACGCGGAGCCCGAUCUUACCAACCAGUGAGGUGUCUCCACGCCAAGUCUUCUCUCGCGCUCGAAGAUG